AAUCACACAAACUAUGACGGGAGGUUUGGGUGGAGGACAGUCAGAGCCUGCCAGGCCUGACAUCACUCAGGAGCCGUACCAGCAGGUGGGGCCUCAGCAGCAGCAGCAGCAGCAGCAGGCCUGCGCCUGUGAGCUCGCAGAGUUUGUGGCCUGUGCCCUGGGCGACCUCAAACUCUGCGAGGGAUCCAGAGAGGCGCUCAAAAGGUGCAUGUCUGCUAAUGGUCUGUCAUUAGAAGACCUGCUGUAAAUCAAUUUUUUCUAAUAUUAUUCUUUGAUUGUUUUAUUUUUUUAAUGGUUUCAUUUCAUUUCAUUCAAUUUUUUUUUAAAUUAAUAUCUUGAAUCAAUUAUAAAUCUACUUAAUCACUAAUCAUUGUAAAAUUUAAUAAAGUGUUAAAUUGUAAAUAGACUGGUUCUUAUACCCUG